GGCGCCGCCAGCGGGAGCGGCAGCUGGAGCAGCCCCCGCUCCCGUCCCGUCCCGUCGCGGCCAUGCGGCUGUCGCUGGUGCUGUCGGUGCUGCGGCCCGCCGGGCCGGUGGCCAUCGGCGUCUCGCUGGGCUUCACGCUCAGCCUGCUCAGCGUCACCUGGGUGGAAGAGCCCUGCGGGCCGCCGCCGCGACCCGCCGCCCGCCCGGGCCCCGACGGCGGCCCCGCGCCGCCUCCCGGUCCCGGCAACGCCAACGCGGCGCGCAGGCCCAACGCCGUGCCCGCCGGGCUGGGCGCCGACAGCUGGGAGCCCCGCGUCGUGCCCUACCGCCCGCCCAGCCCCGGCAGGGCCGCCAAGAAGGCCGUCAGGACCCGGUACAUCAGCACAGAGCUGGGGAUGCGGCAGCGGCUCUUUGUGGGUGUGCUGACCUCCAAGAGUACACUGAACACGCUGGGGGUGGCUGUCAACCGCACGCUGGCCCACCGCCUGGAGCGCCUGGUGUACUUCACGGGCACGCGGGGCCGCAAGGUGCCCCAUGGCAUGACGGUGGUGACACACAGUGACGAGCGGCCCAUCUGGAACAUGUACCAGACCGUCAGGUACCUUCUGGACCACUAUGUGAACGACUUUGACUGGUUCUUCCUGGUGCAGGACGAUACCUACACAGAGGCACACCGUAUCAGCCGCCUGGUCGCCCACCUCAGCAUUGACACCCACCUCUACAUGGGCCGUCCUGAGGAGUUCAUCGGUGGGGACACCGAGGGACGCUACUGCUAUGGGGGGUUUGGCUACCUGCUGUCCCGCAGUCUCCUCCUGCUCCUGCAGCAGCAUCUGGAGAGCUGCCGCAAUGACAUCCUCAGCGCCCGGCCCGAUGAGUGGCUAGGCCGCUGCAUCAUCGACUACACAGCCAUCAACUGUGCUGAGGAGCAUGAGGGCCUGCGUUACCACUAUUUUGAGCUGGGAAAGAACACGGACCCCGAGCGGGAGACUGACCUACAUUUCCAGAGCGCCUUCACGGUCCACCCUGUCCUGGAUCCCCUCCAGAUGUACCGACUGCACAAGUACUUUGCACAAGUGGAGCUUGAGAGGACCUACCAAGAGAUCCAACAGCUCCAGCUGGAGAUCCAGAAUGCCAGCAGCCUGUCCGCUGACGGGGACCACGGUGCCACGUGGCCCGUCGGCAUCCCACCCCCCUUCCAGCCCAAAACUCGCUUUGAGGUGCUGCGCUGGGACUACUUCACAGAGGAGCAGGUCUAUGCCUGCGUGGAUGGCUCCCCCAAGUGCGAGCUGCGCGGUGCAGACCUGGCGGAUGUGGCCGACGUGGUGGCCACAGCCAUGGAGGAGCUGAACCGCAAGUACCAGCCGGUGCUCCACGUCCACAAGCAGCAGCUGGUGAAUGGGUACCGGCGCUUCGACCCCACACGCGGCAUGGAGUACACACUGGACCUUCAGGUGGAGGUGGUCACCCAGAAGGGGCACAGCUGCUCUGUCACCAAGCGUGUGCAUCUGGUGCGGCCCCUCAGCGAGGUGGAGAUCAUCCCCAUGCCCUACGUGACGGAGGCCAGUCGCAUCAAUGUCAUCUUGCCGCUGACGGCCCAGGACCGCCACCAUGCCACCCGCUUCCUGGAGGCUUAUGCAGCGGCUGCCUUCGAGAGCAGUGAGAAUGCUGUGCUCACCUUCCUCUUCAUCUAUGACCCCUUCGAGGCACAGCAGGUCACGCAGAACGAUGUCUUCGCCCCUGUGAAGGCCCAGAUCACCGAGUAUGAGCGCAAGUACGCAGAGGUGAAGAUCCCGUGGAUCAGCGUGAAGACGGACGCACCGUCCCAAAUCAAGGUCAUGGACAUCAUCUCCAAGAAGCACCCCGUGGACACGCUUUUCUUCGUGGCCGGCGUGGGGACAGAGGUCACUGUUGACUUCUUGAACCGCUGCCGGAUGAACACCAUCAACAACUGGCAGGUCUUCUUCCCCAUCCACUUCCAGGGCUACAACCCCACCAUCGCUUACCACAACCAGGUGCCGCCCGCCACGCUGGACCUGCUGCGGGACGCAGGCCGCUUCGACCGCGAUGUCUUCCACGAGGCCUGCUUCUACAACGCCGACUACAUGGCAGCGCGCACACGCAUGGCGGGCGACGUGCAGGAGAACGAGGACAUCCUGGAGACCCUGGACAUCUACGACAUGUUCAUCAAGUACUCCAACCUCCACGUCUUCCGGGCCGUGGAGCCCGCCCUGCUGCAGCAGUACCGGCACCAGGCCUGCAACCCCCGACUCAGCGAGGAGAUCUACCACCGCUGUGUGCAGAGCAGCCUGGAGGGCAUGGGCUCUCGCUCCCAGCUGGCCAUGGUGCUUUUUGAGCAGGAGCAGGGGAACAGCACCUGAACCCUAGGGCAUGGAGGGGCUGGCCCUGCCCUCCCAUGCCUGACUGCCCACCCCACUUCUUCUGCCCAAAUCUGUCUUCCUCCUCUCAGUGGCUCAGGGAUCAACAGUGCCUGAGCUUGUGGCUUGCCCUUCUGGGGUCGUCUGGGCCAGAGUCUGCCACUCUGGGCUGCCUGGGUCCUUCUGGAGUGGUGCACAGUGGUGCAGACCCCAGGGCGAAGUUGGGGUCUGAGUCACCGAGCUGCGAGCUGGAGCAUCUUGGCUCCUUGCCCCAGAGCUGCUGGUUCCAUCCCUCCAUCCUGGCCGCACUGCCCAGCAGGGAGGUGAUGGGCUGUCCUGUCCCUUACUGUCCCUGCCUUGACUGGGGACACACAGAGCCCAAGCCCCCCCUGCUAUGGGGCCGUCACUUCCAUGGGGCUGAGGAUGGUCCCUCAUAGUUCCCUUAGUGACCUGAGACAGGGCUGUGUCCCCCGCUCCUUUGGAGUAUUGGCCCAGUUGUGCAGGGAGGAUGCGGGCCCGUCACAGGCUUGGACAGCGGGAUGGGGCAUGUCCCACCCCAAAAGAGCAAUAAAGAGGUUGGUUGUGGGGUUUUGCCACUCAGCUACAAGCCGGAGCACUCCCCAGCUGGUCAGGGUAGGGGGUCUUGGCCGCUAGGGCUGGUAGGCACAGGGGCUGCCGGAGGGAAUCCUGCUGUAUUCACGUACCGUGAGCUGCUCCCCAUGGGAACCGUGACCCAGGCCGCUUUGGCCUUCGCAGUAUCAAUAGGACGUCGGAGGUCGCAGCCCUCGGACAAGAGCCUCCAGACAGAGGUGGGAGCCCUCCCCACCAUGGGCCUGACCUCGGGGUCGGGGGACAAGGCAGAGGGUUUGACUGCUCAUCUCCUAAGGAGAAAGCGACUGAGGAGCCACUCUCAGCUCCUGGUUUGUAUUUAAUAGUGGGGAGAGGAGGGGGGUGGGGUGUGCAUUUACACUAA